ACCUAUAUAAGUCUCCUUUCUAUUCUCAUGUAAUGUAAUCAUAGAUUGUCAUAUGAAUGAAGUUCAUUGAUUUAUGACGGAUUAAAAUGCAACAAACUACGAUUAUAUAUGAAUGUUAUUUUUGCGAAUGAAAAGGAGAGUAACAAGUGUAAAAUGUAAAUUGAUGAAACAAUGGGAAAAUGGUGAUGUGUACUGUGAGCUUUUGGAAUGGGUUCUCAAACAUUGGAAAUUUUGAGACAAGGCGUCUGGGCGAGCCUGACAGGAGGCUGGUUUUACGAUCCUCAUCUCGAUGUUUUUUCAAAUACCUUUCAUCUUUACGUAUGGCUCUUCUUACUUUGUUUGCCGUUCACAAUAUAUCUUUACUUUCCACCGACUCUUUUUGUAUGGCUCGCGUAUUGUUCGUCAAUUGUCCUCCUUUUCGGGACAAUUAAGUGUGUUAAUCACGCUCUUCAUUGUGUUUAUGAUACCACUGAGUGUCAUGAAGAACCAGGUCAAAAUGUUUGUCAACAAAAAUCGGAAAGUGAAAAAAAACGCGCCGCUCGCAUUAAAAGACGAGAUCCAUCCCAGGAUCAAAUGGAUCUUGGAAUAGAACUUCAAGUUCUAAAUGGAAAAACAGAUACACCUCCUGUGGAAUGUUCUUCUCGUAAUUCAUACAUAGAACCAAAUAACAUUCAUAAUGUAGACGCCGAUAGUAUAACAUCGGAUUAUGCACGUGAUAAGCCGAGUUCAACAAUAGAUUUGAAAGUUGAAAUUCAUAGGAAAAAUAGUUCAGAAAGUUCUGAAGAAACAUCACAAUUAAAUAAACCAAUGAUAAGCAAUAUAAAUGUACAUGUGCCAGAAUUGCUUUCACCGCAGGAAAUUGAAGCUCCUUACAGAAGUAGAUUGAAUGCGAUGCCAGAAUGGCGAUUGAGAAGACAAAAAUGUGUUGCUAUAGCGGAAGAGGAUCGUUCAGUGACACGUAAAUUAAGUCGACAUGCUUCAGAGGAUUCUCGAAGUAGACGAAGUAGGCAUUCGAAGCAAAAAAUUUUAGGUAAAACAGGUUCAGAGAGUCAAAUUAAACAAACAGGAUCAAUGGAAUUGGAGCCACAUGUUGAUGAAUUUCAUUAUUGGAAAUCAAAUCAAAGUGUUCGUAGACUUAAUUCGAAUUCAAUUCCCCUGGAAACACAUUUAAUAAACGAUCAUCCACAAAGUCUUGAGAUAAUCUCGAAAAAAGAUGACAAUGAUAAAAAUAAAAUACCAUCCCAUCCUCAAUCACUAGAAGUUAUUCCUAAACGAACGCAUCAACAAUUAGUUCAUCCACAAAGUCUUGAAACUAUCGGUGCAUCGAAUAAAAAUUCUAACACUUCUGAUGACAAUAAUUUACCACUUCAUCCGCAAAGUUUGGAAACAAUAAAUUCAAAGAAGGUACUGACACAAAAUACUUUAAAACGAAAUCAAUUGCAAUUGCUGCCAUUUUUGAGUGGAUCGGAAAUUGUUCAUUCAAUCGCAGAACAAAGUGAUGAACAAUUUACAAAUGAGAAUUCAGGCGCUUUUACUCUACGUGAUUCCUAUAGUCCAUUAUUAACGCGCAAAGAAAUAGAAUACACUAAUAAUUCAAAUCGUGAUAGAAGUCUAAGCACUGGAGGAUCGGAGGAUAGAUUUUUAAGUAGGUUUAUUGGCGAUACAGCAGUUGAUAAUAAUUCAGCAAAUUCUCGCGAUGCAUUACUCGAGGAUCCGGAAGUUUGUUCAAAAAGAAGAUUCAGCAAUGCAAGUCAAAGUAGUUCGGAAUUAUCUGACGGUGAAAGUAGACGUGAAAAACGACGUCAAAAAAGAUGUGAAAAAUUAAAAAGUCUAGAUGAUCCACUUACGGGAAGUAUCGUUGGAAUUAAUUGGCUCUUUGAGAAUGGUGAAUUUGGAGUUGAUACCUGGGCGAAUAAAAAUCUACAUACAAAGGAACCGGAUUCAGGUUCAUCGAGUACAACAACACUUAGCAUUGAAAAUGAAGUACAACUUAAACGUAAACUUCUUCUCACAUCCGAGGUGGACAAUAAACGUCAACAAGGAGCAAUUCCAAAGCAAAGUUGUUCAAAAAUACCAUCCGAAUUGGCAAACAAUGAAAGUACAACAAGUUCUGAGGCAAGUCGACGUUUAAAUAUUGAGGCGAGUCGUCGUAAGCCAAAACGAAAAAUUGACAUUAAUCGCGAGAGAAAAAAGAGAAAAUUAGAAAAAAUAAGCGGUUCAAAUAAUGAAUUAAGUACAUUACUUCCAAGUCCAGCGCCACCAUUAUUGGCAGCACUUCUCAACACUGGCACUGCUAUUGGUAAUGAAUUACCAAAUCCAAAUAAUAUACUUCCAGAACCAAGACUUGUACGCUCAUCACAAACACGAAAUAUGAGAACUCGUCAACGACGUUUAAAACGACCAAAUCGAACACAUCGCGGUACAAGAUUAAAUCGUGACGAUUCACUUGUACCAUUAACAGCACUCUUUGGUUUAUUAUCAAAUGGCGAAUGUCAUCUCGCAACUAGUCACAAUGAUACAUCCGAGGGUGCAGUACAUUGUUUUCGUGAUGAUAAUGGACGUUGGUUGGCCUAUACAUUCGAUCAAAAAGGUUCUGGUUUUCCAUCGGUAACACGUUAUUCAUCAUCAAAUCAUAAUGAAAAAUUACUAAAUACCUUAUUGCGACAACAAAUUAAUCAAAAUCUUCAUUCAAAUACAAAUUGGGAAUUUCCCGAUUCAUUGAGUAAUAGUUACAGUAGCCUCUCGUUAAAUUCAGCGGGCCUUACUGUUAUUAUUGAUACACCACCUGCCUUAUCGAGUCCAACAAAUAAUAAUAACAAUAAUAAUAAUAAUAAUAACAAUAAUAAUAAUAAAAUACAAAAUCUCCCUCCAAAUUUAAUAAUUUCGUCAAAUACAAGAAAUUUAAAUCAAUGUAUCAUUGAUACAACAUCGCCAUUAACGACAAUGAUGGCCGAUAGAAAUCGACGUUUACAAAGUCUUUUUGGUAAUUUUAAUCCAAAUUCAUAUCAAAAUGAUGGUAAUCAACCGGUAUUAACAUUACCAAUUCAAUUGGAAGGUGAUAAUAGUGCAAAUUUACCAUGGAAUCGUUUAUUGGAUGGUUUACAAAAUUCAAAUGAACAAAAAUCAAAAACGUCGAAACAUUAUUAUAAAUGGAAAUUAGGAAAAUUACCAAGUAUUAAAGUGAGAUUUGAUCGUUUAGCAUUAUUGGCAUUACUUGAUAGAAAUUUAACUAUUCUUGAAACAAUUGUUGCAACAUUAUUGGCUAUUACUGUCGCUGGUUUAGGUUUAAUGUUACUACAAUUGGGUUUCUAUAGGGAUAUAUUUGCAUUUAUUUUCUGUUUUGUAACAGCUGGUUGUCAAUAUUCGCUAUUAAAAUCUGUACAACCUGAUGCAGCAUCACCAACACAUGGUUUUAAUCGUGUUAUUGUUUUUUCAAGACCUGUUUAUUAUAUAAUAUUCGCUGGUCUUAUAUUAAUAUUUAAUGAGGCAUUAAAAAAUUUUCAAAAUUCCGAUUUUCUUGUUUAUGGAAUUAAAGUUGCCAAUUAUGAUGUUAUAUUACAGGCACGUAAUGUUUUACUUAUUUUUCUUCUUUGUUUUCCAAUUGUCUUUUCAUUGGGAUUAUUUCCGCAAAUUAAUACAUUUCUCAUGUAUCUAUGCGAGCACAUUGAUAUACAUAUUUUUGGCGGUAAUGCAACAACAAGUCUCAUAUCAUCGGCAUAUUGUCUUUUUCGUAGUUUUCUCACUAUUAUGAUUUUAUAUGGUUUUGCAUAUGGAGCAUUAAGAGAGGAGAAAUCAUCGCAACAUAUAUUAUUUUCAAUAUUUAUGGGAUUAUUAAUGGCAGUUGCUUAUCAUUUAAGUCGUUCAUCAUCGGAUCCAAGUGUAAUUUGGGAAAUUGUUAAAACAAAUCUUUGGCCACCUGAUUAUAUUGAUGAAAAAAUUGAUGAUAAUAUAAAAAAAGAGAAAGAUAUUGAAAAAGAAAGGAAAAUUGAUGAAAAAGAAAAUAAAGUAAAAAUUUCAACAAGAAAAAAAGAUGUGAAAAUAAAUAUUGGUGAGGAAAUAUCUGAUUCAGAACUUAUUGAUCCACUGCCAAUGAAAUUGAGAGCAACAAUAAAAGCAAGAUUGAAAAAUGAUUUAAUUGUAUGCGCUGUAAUUGGAAUAUUGACAUUUGCAAUACAUUCAUCGACAGUAUUUACUGCACUUCAACCUGAAUUAAAUCCAAUUUUAUGGGGUAUCACAAGUUUUUUGGGUUUUCUUCUUCAUUAUAUUGUACCACAAUUAAGAAAACAAUUACCAUGGCAAUGUCUUGCAAGGCCUGUUUUAAGAAGUCAUGAAUAUGCACAAUUUGAAGUACGCGAACCAGUGAGAAUAAUGUGGUUUGAAAAAAUUUAUGUCUAUCUUUGUUUUUUGGAGAGAAAUAUUCUUUAUCCAAUUGUCUUCCUUGGUGCAUUAACUGAAUGUUCAAAUAAAAUUGCCCUUAAAUAUGGUGUGACAAUUGGUGCAUUAUUAAUUGUUAUUUGUGGAUUAAAAUCAUUGAGAUCUUCCUAUUCGGAUCCAUCGACAAGAUAUUUGGUAUUAAUAUUUGCUGUUUUAUUUUUUAAAAUUGAUUUCAAAGGUUUUAGUGAGACAUUUGUUAUUGAUUAUUUUGUCACUGGUAUUGCAUUUGCAAAAAUUUAUGAAUUAUUAUUAAAAAUACGAUUUAUUGUGACUUAUAUUGCGCCAUGGCAAAUCACAUGGGGAAGUGCAUUUCAUGCAUUUGCACAACCAUUUUCGGUACCACAUUCGGCAAUGUUAUUUCUUCAGGCGGGUAUAUCGGCAAUUUUUAGUACUCCAUUGAAUCCAUUAUUGGGAAGUGCAAUUUUCAUUAGUUCUUAUGUGAGGCCAGUGAAAUUUUGGGAGAGAGAUUAUAAAACAAGACGUGUUGAUCAUUCAAAUACAAGAAUGUCAUCGCAUCUUGAACGUAAUUUGGGAGCUGAUGAUAAUAAUUUGAAUUCAAUAUUUUAUGAACAAUUAACGAGAUCAUUGCAACAUAGUUUAUAUGGUGAUCUUGCUCUUGGUCGAUGGGGUAAUGUUGAGCAGGGUGAUUGUUUUCUUUUGGCUUCUGAUUAUUUGAAUUGUCUUGUGCACAUGGUUCAAUUGGGCAAUGGAUUGGUGACAUUUCAAUUGAGAGGAUUGGAAUUUCGUGGGACUUAUUGUCAACAGCGAGAGGUCGAGGCGAUUUCCGAAGGAAUUGAAGACAAUGAUAAUUGUUGUUGUUGUGAAAUUGGACAUUUUUCAAAUGUCUUGAGUGUUAAUGCUGCAUUUAGUCAACGAUGGCUCGCUUGGGAAGUGGCGAGUGCAAAAUAUGUUUUAGAAGGUUACUCAAUAUCGGACAAUUCAGCUGCAUCAAUGUUACAAGUCUUUGAUUUUCGUAAAGUUCUCGUUACAUAUUAUGUUAAAAGCAUUAUAUUUUAUACGAUAAAAUCGACAAAAUUAAAACAAUGGCUCGAUAAUACGGAAAUAAUUGAUGCACUAAAACCAACACUUGAAAAGAAUUUUGUCGAUCUUGAUCCUGUUUUUAAUAUGAAUAUCGAUGAGGAUUUUGAUUUUCGAGCUAGUGGAAUAACGAGAAAUAGUUUUUGUAAUGUUUAUCUUGAUUGGAUUCAAUUUUGUGCUGUUAAAAACGACAAGUUGAUGGAAAGAUCACGAGAUUCCAGUCUUGUGUCACUUUGUCUGGCAUUGAGUUUACUGGGAAGACGUGUUUUAGGAAAUGCUUCACAUAAUACUGUUUCGAGUGUGGAAUUUUUUUUAUAUGGACUUCACGCUUUAUUUAAAGGAGAUUUUCGUAUAACUUCGGUACGUGACGAAUGGGUUCUUCACGAUGUUGAUUUACUUCGAAGUGUAGUUGCCAAAGGUGUUAGAAUGGCUUUAAAAUUGCAUCAGGAUCAUUUUAUGAGUCCCGAGCAAUAUGAAGAGGCCUCAGCACUUCACGAAGCAAUUGACAAUCAUAAUCAAAAUCUUGUUAUUAGUCAUGAGGCCGAUCCACUUUGGAGAAAUGCCAUUCUCAGCGGUGCACCUAGUCUCUUGGCUCUCAGGCAUGUUUUGGAUGAUGGUAUCGAUGAAUAUAAAGUAAUAAUGUUGAACAAACGUUUUUUAAGUUUUCGUGUGAUAAAAAUGAAUCGUGAAUGUGUUCGUGGUCUUUGGGCUGGCCAACAGCAGGAGCUUGUUUAUUUGCGAAAUAGAAAUCCAGAACGUGGCUCGAUACAAAAUGCAAAGCAAGCUUUACGAAAUAUCAUAAAUAGCUCUUGUGAUCAACCAAUUGGAUAUCCCAUUUAUGUGUCGCCAUUGACAACCAGUUAUGCUGAGACCAAUGAACAAUUGUGUUCAAUUAUCGGUGGACCUUUAAGUCUCGGUGCAAUUAAAAAUACUGUUCUUAAAUUAUGGCGAAGAAUAAGAAGAAGAUGCGGUCAGGGAUGUUCGUCGGGUGGUACGGCGUCACAAGACGAUGGUGGAUUUGGAAACGAUGGUGUUUAUGCAAUGACCACUUACAAUAUUCAUUCUGGUUACAGUCAAUCGGGCAAUUUGGCUUCUUUAGGUGGCAAUAGAGGUUCCCUUGUUUCUGUGGGCAAACCUACAAGUUCGACUUUGGCUAGUCUUGCAGGAUUACUUAGUAGCAGUGACAUGAAAGUCGAAUCAAAGAGUGAAACUAGUUUUACAUCAAAAUUGGAGAAAGAAGAAGUCUUACAGCGAGUUCGUAUAAUGGAUCCAAAUCACGUGUACGAUGCAAUAAAUCUUGGCCGUCGAAUAGAUGUAAUUUGGCCGGAUGAAAAAAUGAGACAAUUGGGAGGUCGAUCAGGAUGGCAGCAUUGGGUACCAAUUCGAGGUAUGGAAGGUUGUGUUGUUCAUCGUUGGUCGCCAAAUCAUCGUGAUCCAAAUCGUCGUUCGCACGUUGAUAAAGUAAUACUUCUCGUUAAAAUUGAAGAAAAAUAUGUUCCAAUUGCAGAACAGGGUGUAAGAGACUUAGGAGCUGAAGUUUAAUACUAUAUUUUUUAGAGGCAGAAAAAAAAACCCCUCUUUCCUCUCUUUUAAACAAAAGGCAUUUCAAUUUCAACAUUCUCACUGAACCAAAAAAAAAAAGAAAAGUCAUCGCGUGACAGAAAAUAAAUUUAUUUUGCAAUUUUAAAUAUUCCAAAAAUAAACUGCAAUACUUGAGAAAUUCUAAGGAAAAAAAAAAAAUACUGCCUUUUAUAAGUAAGUUUCAAUUUUCAUACAUAUUUUUUUUCUUUUGAUAUUAAUCUAAUUUAUUGUGCCCGAUUUUCUUAACUUAAAAUCUAUUCAAAUCAACAAUUUUUGCAAAUUAAAAUAAUAUUUCAAGACAAAAAAAAGUGGAAAAACAAUUUUUUAAGUACAAAAUUUAUUUUACAUAUAAUUUCUCUUAAUAAUUUUCCUCUGAGCUGUGAAUUGAAUAUUAUUGCAGUUAAGAUAUAUAUUUAAAAUGCAAUACUUGUUUUAAUAAUAAUAUAUAUGAAAAAAAAGAAAUGAUUUCAAAAAUGAAAAUCAUUUCUCCAUUUUCUAAAAUGUUCCUUAAAUUGUUGUUUAAGAAUCAAAUGUCUAAUUUUAAGAAAUGUCUCUACUUACUUUUUAUAAUUUUUUUUAAUUUCAGAAAAAAAAAAUUAUAAUUUGACGAUUGUGAACAUAAUUGCGAUUAUUGUUCUUAAUUUACUAAUUGUAAUUUUCAGGACAAUUUUCAUUAAUAAUUUUGUAAAAACUGUAUCAUAAUAUUAUACUUAAUUUUUGAUAAUGAAAAUUUGUGUCCUUGAAAAAUGUCUUGAGUUACAAACAAAAAAAAAAGAAUGAAGCAUUGUACAUAAUAUUAAUUAUCGAUGUUUUCUAUGUUUUUGUUACAUUUUUAAAAAAAAGUUUUCAUUAGAAUAUGUGCAUAAUUUGUAAAUACCCGUGAUACUCGUGAAAAUGUUUAAAUAAUAUUUACUUAUAGUUGUAUAAAGUUUUUAAAAUAGAGAAGAAGAAAAAAACGCCUCUUCUAAUACAUAUCGAUGCUUUUACAAAUUCAAAAAAAAAAGAAAGAAAGAAAUAAACGAAUUGCAUAUUUUUAGUGUGUUCAAUCGAGAAUUCAUUAAUUUGCCAAUUUGUAAUGCCAAAGCAUCUGAGAAAAAAAAACAUUUCAAGGCUACAACAAAAAAAAAAAAAAUGAUUAUUUCACGGCAUUCUAGUCGUUACCGCCUUAAUUGAAAAGUUUCUACUAUGUUCUCGUGAACGUUUAACGUUUUUUUUUUGUAAAUUUAACGAAAUAUUAACUUUAUUUGAUAGAAAAAAAAUUAUAAUUAUAAAAUUAUUAAAUUAUAAAUAUAGAAAAUUGAAGGAAAUUUUUUUUCCAAGUUCUAUGAUUCGAAAUAUCGCUAAUUUGUAUAAUUUUUAUUAGAUUGUCUAAAUUAUAAUAUAUUAAAAAAAAUUUUCGUGGUUCCUUGCAAAAAAAAAAAAAGAAAAAUUAUUUCUAAAACUAACUCGUUUCUUUUUCUAAUUAUUCAAUAUAAAAAUAUUUU